AUGGCGUCGCUCAACACCAGGAUCGUGGGAGGUACAGAGGCGCCCGCGGGGAAUUGGCCCUGGAUAGCGAGCUUGCAAAGACAACGUCAACACUCUUGUGGAGCGUCGCUGAUCACCCGGGAAUGGCUGGUGUGUGCCGCUCACUGCUUCCCAUUCACCCCAGAAGAAGAGCCCUUCAGUGAAUUGCGGAUACUUCUGGGAUACCAAUCCCUGGAUCUGGAUAAUCCCAACGGGGUGAACGUUUCGGUACUGCUUGUCAUCCCCCACGAGGACUACAACAAUGUGACCAUCGAGAAUGACAUCGCCCUGAUACGGAUUCCCCCUGUUAAUUACACCGUCUACAUCCGGCCUGUGUGCCUCGCCGCUCCCGACACUUUCGUCGGAGCCGGAACCGAUAUCUGGAUCACCGGAUGGGGCAGAAUUAACGAAGGCGUGGAUCUUCCGUCUCCGCAAACGCUACGGGAAGUUGAUGCUCCAGUUGUAUGCAACGAAGAAUGCAAUGAGUCAUACGGAUUCAUCACCUCCAACAUGAUCUGUGCCGGAGUCCCUGAGGGGGGUCGGGGCUCAUGCCAGGGGGAUUCAGGCGGUCCAAUGGUGGUCAACAACGGUUCUCAGUGGGUCCAACUCGGCAUCGUGAGCUUUGCAGUAGGAUGCGCUCGGCCUAAUAUUCCAGGAGUCUUUGCGCGAGUGUCCGAAUACCAGUCAUGGAUCAUGGAGAGGAUGAAUGGCAGUGCGCCGCCGGGUUUUGUCAGAAUUGAUACAAAUAACUCGGAAUGUUCUGGGAAUGCAUUCCUCUCGGCUCCUCUACUCCUCACGCUUCUGCCGACAUUCUUCACCACCGUGGUACUCAUGUGA